AUGGCUUCCCUCUUCCAUACUCUACUGUCUUCUUCGUUUUCCAUGUUAGCUCUUCUUCUAUGCAUAUGUCUGAGCGUAGAGUCUGCUAUAAUUCCAAGCAUUACCACUGACAAGGAGGCUUUGAUCUCAUUCAAGGAGGCCUUGCUCAGUGCCCCUCCAUCUUUAAGCUGGGACCAGAAUUCAUCACCUUGCAGCAACUGGACUGGAGUUGUUUGCAGAAACGAUGGUCAGAGUCCGAGAGUUGUUGGUCUUGAUCUUUCAAGCUUGGGACUUACAGGGACCAUAAGCCCUCAGAUUGGUAACUUAUCCUUCCUCCGUUCCCUUCAACUUCAAAACAACAAGUUAACAGGAGCAAUUCCUACUCAACUUGUUAACCUUUACCGCUUGAGAUCUCUGAACCUGAGCUCCAACACCAUACAAGGUCCACUACCUUCAAACAUGAGCAACUUGAAUGCACUAGAAGUCCUCGACUUGGCUGGGAACAACAUAACAGGGAGGCUCCCUGAGGAGAUGUUCAGCCAAAAGAAACUUCAAGUCUUGAAUCUGGCACGAAAUAAAUUCUUUGGUUCUGUUCCUUCAUCCAUAAGCAACCUUUCAUCCACACUCACAUCUCUGAACUUGGGUACAAAUAGCCUCAGUGGGAUCAUACCUAGUGAGUUGGGUCUACUUAACAAUCUCAAGGAACUUGAUCUUUCUGGUAACAAGUUCACUGGGACUGUUGCUCCCUCCAUAUACAACAUUACUUCAUUGGUUCUGUUUACUGUUGCUUCCAAUCAACUUUGGGGUGAGAUUCCCAAAGAUAUUGAUCAGACACUUCCAAAUCUUUUAUACUACCGGAACUGCUUCAAUCUAAUGACAGGGAACAUUCCUGCUUCUUUGCACAACAUCACCAAGAUUCGAUCAAUUCGAAUGUCAAACAAUUUUCUGGAAGGAACAGUUCCACCAGGGCUUGGAAACAUGCCAGACCUUGAAAUGUACAACAUUGGCUUCAAUCGGAUCGUUAGUAAAGGCAGUGAUGGUCUCAGUUUUAUCACUUCAUUGACAAACAGCACCAACCUGCAGUUUCUUGCUUUCGACGACAAUCAGUUAGAGGGAGUCAUUCCAGAAUCACUUGGCAAUCUCUCGAAGGUUCUCAACAAAUUGUACAUGGGAGGGAAUCGGAUUUCCGGUAAUAUUCCUGCCUCAGUUGGUCGUCUUACUAGUUUAACUUUGUUAAAUGUGAGCUACAAUUCAAUAUCUGGUGAAAUUCCUACUGAAAUAGGCCAAUUGGAAAACCUACAAGAGCUUAGUGUAGCAGGAAAUGAUUUGUCUGGUCAUAUUCCAAACUCCUUGGGAAAUCUCAAAAAGUUGAACAGCAUUGAUUUAUCUGGGAAUCACUUUGUUGGCCAAAUACCCUCUUCUUUUUCAAACUUCCAGAAUCUGCUUUCCAUGGACUUAUCAAACAAUGAGCUCAACGGAACCAUUUCCGGUGAAACUCUCAACCUCCCUAGUUUAAGCACCACUCUCAAUCUGUCCCAAAACUUUCUAAGUGGACCUUUGCCUUCAGAACUUGGGUCCCUAGAGAAGGUUGUUACUAUAGACCUCUCUGACAAUGCUUUAUCUGGAGAUAUCCCGGGAUCAAUAGGAAAGUGUAAAAGCUUGGAGAGAUUGUUGAUGUCAAGAAAUAGAUUUUCAGGUUCUAUUCCCAAUGGUGUAGGAGAAUUGAGAGGCCUUGAGUUUCUAGACCUUUCCUCAAACCAGCUUUCCAGCUCCAUUCCAGAGAAUUUUCAAGACCUACAUGCCCUUCAGUACUUGAACCUAUCAUUUAAUCACUUAGAAGGAGCGAUUCCUAAUGGUGGAUUAUUUGUUAAAAAUUUCACUAAUGUUCAUCUUGAAGGCAACCCAGAAAUUUGCCUUAAAUUUCCAUGUGUGAAGAAUAGUAAUGGUCGUCGAAGCAGAAAAAUACUAGUCCCAGUUGUGAUCAUUACAACUGUCUUAGCAACCAUAGCAAUAUGUGUUAUAGUGGGCUGUUUGGUCUAUGCUAAGAAAAGAAAAGGUUGCAAAACAAAAAUUACAGGAACUUGUGAUGACUUCGUGGUAAAAGGGCAGCAUCAAAUGGUUUCGUAUGAAGAACUCCGUGGCUCAACAGGGAAUUUCAACCCAGGAAAUUUGGUUGGAAGGGGGAGCUUUGGUUCUGUAUAUAAAGGGUUUCUUAGAGACCAAGGAAUUGAAGUUGCAGUCAAGGUGCUUGAUAUAAGACCAAAAGGGUCUUGGAAGAGUUUCUUGGCAGAGUGUAAUGCUUUAAGGAGUGUGAGGCACCGGAAUCUUGUCAAACUGAUUACUUCCUGCUCAAGCUUAGACUAUAAGAACAUGGAGUUUCUGGCUUUGGUGUAUGAGUAUCUGAGUAAUGGGAGCUUGGAAGAUUGGAUCAGAGGCAAGAGAACAAAUUCAGACGGAAGCGGUUUAAGCAUUGUGGAGAGAUUGAAUGUGGUGAUUGAUGUUGCUUGUGGAUUGGAUUACCUCCACAAUGAUUGUGAAGUUCCAGUGGUUCACUGUGAUUUGAAGCCAAGCAACAUUCUUAUGGACAAAGACAUGACUGCAAAGAUUGGAGAUUUUGGGCUGGCAAAGUUGCUGAUAGAGGAAACAUCCACUCAACAUUCUAUUGGCUCCACCAAUGUCCUCAAGGGUUCCAUUGGAUACAUACCCCCAGAAUAUGGUUUUGGACAAAAACCCUCCACAGCUGGAGAUGCAUACAGUUUUGGAGUAAUGUUGUUGGAGCUGUUUACUGGAAAAAGUCCAACCGAUGAGCGCUUCACAGGAGAAGUUAACCUCGUUCAAUGGGUGCAGUCAUCAUUUCCUCACAACAUUGCAGUAGUACUAGACUCUGAGUUGUUACAUUGUCAGCACGACGAAGGCUCAAAUCUCAUCUCAGAAGAAGAGCUGCAUUGUCUGAACUCAGUUAUCGAGGUUGGGCUCUCUUGCGCUUUCACCUCUCCUGAUGGACGCAUUAGCUUGAGGGAUGCUCUUCACAAACUUCAAACUGCUAGAGAGACUUUUUUGAAGCUUGCUCACUUUGACAGUCCAGAGUGCAACUUUCAACAAGAAUAGGAGGUUGAGGUACUAUUUGUUAAGAACUGAUUGUAAUAUAACACCUGAUGUAAUGAGUUCCUGUCCAUACAAGGUACCAAGAGCUCGUUUGUAAUCAAGUUCUAUAAAUAAAUAAUCACACCUUUCAAAAU